GUUAACAGCUGUUUUAGUGUUCAAAUUUGUAUUAACGCUUAGUUAAAACCCAAUAGAAUAUUAGAAUAGGAAGUAAUUCUUUUAGUUAGUUUUUUAUAUUUUUAUGUAGGUUAACUCGAGAACGUUACACGUAUCAAUUGUGAAAUGAACAAGUGCUCGUUGUAACGGGAGAAAAAGGAAUUUGUUUUGAAGCAGACUUAAAUCAUUACGGACUGAAAGAACGCCUUAGAAUAUCCGGCCUCUGUGAAACGAUUUCCAUUUCGAAAUGAUGCUCAAAUAUGACAAAGUUCGAUCCUCUUUGCGUAGUGAACGAGGAAGAAUUUCAUCAAAUCACCGUGAAGUACAUUCCGCCCAGACCAGAACUUGUCUCGGUCUUUGUUCCAGGGUUGAUGACGACGGCCAUCAACACGGCCGGGGGGCCGAACGUGUUCCUGCACAAUCCGGCCGGAAAACUACCGCCACUCAUGCAUAUUGCGGUGAGAGGUCGUACAUCAUAGCCGGCAGGUCUGCGAGGUCGGAACAGCACAAGAGGAAAAUUAUGCAAAAAAGUUGGAUGACGAUGAACGUCUCAAAAAAGGAAUUGGACGAUUGGGUGUACAAAGGCAACAUCCACCCAGAAGGACUGUACAAACUAAGAAAUUAUGUGAUAAGAAUGAGACGGGAAACGCGAAGGAAAAAACUAGAAUGGAUACAAGACGCAAGGGAUAUCCUUUCACGAGUAAAGGUGCCUGAACUGACCGAGAAGGAGGUCAGUUAUCUCGCUUUUUACACUGAAGAAGACAAAGUGGAAAACGUUGAACAAUCGAAGCUGGCCAUCGCGCUUCGACACGUUGUGGGAAAGAUAAAUUCGUCGGCUCAAGAAGUAUCGGCUGGACUGGCUACAGGUAUUAGCGCUGCAAUACUAUUCUGCUAUGUACUUUUCCGUGUUCUGCCAGUGAAUUAACACCUUAAGGAUUAACCGAAUUAUAAUUUUUUUAAACAA